UAAAGCCCAACCCAAAUCUAAAUUCUCCUGGAAACUAGAAUCCUCUUCCUCCUCUUUUCUCACUCAGCAGCCGCCAAAACCAGUGAGACACUCAUCAGAUCAGACACAGCAAGUGAAACCUCGUCGUACGCAGUCGACAAUCGCAAUGACGAGAAUCGAGACCUACGAGGACUUCGUCAAAGUUCACGGUCUGCUUCUGGCGGCCUCCGGAUUGCCUCAGUCACUGCACCGCCAGCUGUUCCAGAAGCUUCUUUCGGAGAGCUUCGAUGGCGGGUCCCACUUCCAAAUCGAACCCACCGAGGACGGCCAUCAGCGGCGUCUUGUUUUGACCUCCGACUCCAUGCCCGAACACUCCGACGUCUUCCUUAUCGAUCACGCCUGGACUUUCCGCCUCUCCGACGCUUACAAGCAGUUAAUGGAAGUUCCUGGGUUGGCUGAGAGGAUGGCGGCGAUAAUGUGUGUGGAUGCUGAUUUGAAUUCUGAUUCAGAAGAGGACCGUUUGAGUGAGGGCAAUGCAAAACGUUGCGUUUUGGAGGUACUGGAAAAUGAGAUUACUGAAGCCAACGGGAACGUGAGGUGGUUGGAGCUUGAGGACCUUGACAUCGAUGAUGAAACGCUGUCGUCCUUAGACUUGUCUACUAAGUGCCCAGGUUUGUUUGCAUUAUCCUUGUGUGGAAAUAAGCUUGAGAAUGUGGAAGUAGUUGUUCAAGAAGUUACCAAGUUCAAAAAUCUAAGAGCUCUAUGGCUGAACAAUAACCCAGUUGUACAAAAUUGUGGUGAUGAAUUGGCAGAUAAAGUUCUUCGAGAAUUGCUGAAUCUUGAAAUAUAUAACUCAAAGUUUACCUCCAAUUAUGGUGAGUGGGCAUUGGGGUUUUGUGGAGGAGUGUAUGAUAAGGAAAAUCCAGGGAGCGUUGAUCAGCCUGACAACAAAUUGAAGCAAGUCACUGAUCUUGAUUUGUCAAAUAGAUGUAUUCACAAUUUGUUCAAUAAGGCAUGUACCCCUCUUCAGCUUCCAUGUCUUUCAUACUUGAGUCUUCGGGGAAAUCCAUUGGAAGAGACCGCAGUGAGUGACUUGUUGCAGUUACUCAGGAAUUUUCCUUCUUUACAGUCCCUGGAGGUGGAUAUUCCUGGCCCUCUUGGAGAAAGUGCUGUACAAAUUCUUGAAUCUCUUCCUAAUCUUUCAGUACUAAAUGGCGUCAAUGCAUCAAAAAUAUUUGAAACUGAAAAGGAUGUGGUUGACUCAGUGCUUCAGCCACGUCUUCCUGAGUGGACUGCAGAUGAGCCACUUACUGAUCGUGUUAUAAAUGCAAUGUGGCUAUAUUUAAUGACAUAUCGACUUGCAGAUGAGGAGAAGAUCGACGAGACCUCUGUACUAUACGUGAUGGAUGAGCUGGGUUCAGCUUUGCGGCAUAGUGAUGAGCCAAAUUUCAGAGUGGCACCUUUUCUCUUCAUGCCAGAGGGGACAUUAGCAUCAGCUGUGAGCUUCUCGAUAUUGUGGCCAAUCCAGAAUGUUCAAAAAGGUUAUGAGUGCACUCGUGAUUAUCUUUUUGGUAUUGGAGAGGACAAGCAACGUUCUGCCAGACUCACAGCUUGGUUCAAUACACCAGAGAAUUAUUUUAUUAGAGAGUAUGAAAAGCACCUGCGGAGCUUGAAAUCAAAGAAUUUAACCUUUCUGACGUUGGAUUCAUGUCCAACAAGAAGCCUGCAUCGUAGUGAAACCUCAGCUUUACGUGUGUACACUGACAUACCUCAAGUAGAAGAACUGUUGACACGUCCUGAGUUUGUAAUCACCACUGAUCCGAGGGAUGCAGAAAUCAUAUGGACGUGUACACAGGUGGAUGAGGAUAUGAAGAAGGCUACAGGAAUAACAGACAAUCAGUACAUAAACCAGUUUCCUUUUGAGGCGUGUAUUGUGAUGAAACAUCAUUUGGCAGAGACUAUUCAGAAGGCGCAUGGAUCUCCUGAAUGGCUGCAGCCUACAUAUAAUCUUGAAACACAUCUGUCUCAACUUAUUGGUGACUAUUGUGUACGUAAAAGAGAUGGACUUAACAAUCUAUGGAUCUUAAAACCUUGGAACAUGGCACGAACUAUAGAUACAACUGUCACUGGUAAUAUAUCUGCUAUCAUACGGCUCAUGGAGACUGGACCAAAGAUAUGUCAGAAGUAUAUUGAGCACCCUGCUUUGUUCCAAGGGAAAAAAUUUGAUAUCCGCUACAUAGUUUUAGUUCGGAGUAUGAACCCUUUGGAAAUAUUUAUUUCAGACACUUUCUGGGUUAGAUUGGCAAAUAACCAAUAUUCUUUAGACCAGCACAGUUUGUUUGAGUAUGAGACUCACUUUACUGUUAUGAACUACCGAGGGACAUUGAAUCACAAGAACACAUCGGAGUUUGUGAGGGAAUUUGAACAGGAGCACCAAGUUAACUGGUUGGAUAUUCAUUCGAGAGUUAAGAAAAUGAUCCGAUCAGUCUUUGAGGCAGCUGCACAAGUACAUCCAGAGAUGCAUAGUACAACGUCGAGGGCAAUGUAUGGGGUGGAUGUCAUGCUUGACAGUUCUUUCCAGCCAAAGUUACUGGAGGUGACCUACUGUCCUGACUGUGGAAGAGCAUGCAAAUACGAUAUGGAGGCUAUAGUUGGAGACAAGGAAGUAGUUAGAGGCCGUGACUUUUACAAUUAUGUCUUUGGUUGUCUCUUUUUGAACGAAACAACUCAUGUUAGCCCAUUGUAAUUGAGCUAUAGAGGACCAAACAGAAUUGUAACGAUUGCAUAUCGGCAGUUUUGGGUCAUCAAACCCACAAGUUAUUCCCUUAUGUCUUGUACAAUGGAAAAGUUGUAAUCAAAUCCUUCCGCAUUACCUGCUGGUUUU